AUGAUGUUUGGAACCGUCCCUUUAUCAUAUAAGGGAAUGACUACAAAGAUUCACUUUAUGGACUCUCCCAAGCCACAAAUUUUAUUGACCAAACUAUUUUCCAUAAAUCCUUCGGAUUUAGAAAGUAAUCCUUCUGGGAGAAGAGGUUCUUUUUCGUCUACGAGCAGUGAUACUUCAUUGUCUUCUUCUGCUCAAGGCAGUGCGAUGACCACAAAUGGUUCACGAAAUGCUUCAAAGGAGUCUAACUCUAUUUUUUUUGAUGAUUUCUCCGAAUUUGGCGAUGAUGACACCUUUCGCGCUGUUCCUUCUUAUGCUUCUCUCCCAUCUUCAUUUCGUAUUGAUCCUUCGAUACAUGGCUUACGUGUUUCCGGUGCUUCUGUUAUUUCUACUCCCUCUCCUUCUACUUCUCCAAGAAUUGCUUUUGCUAAUAGAAGAUUACGAAGAUUUAGUUAUACUAGUAUGGAAAAUGGUAUAUUUAAUCCAACGCCUUUACCAGGCAGUAUGACUCCACGGUGUGAUCAGUUACCUAGCAGUGUAUGUAGGCCUUGGCGUUUAACUAUAAUUGCUGGAACAGAUGAAAACACAGUUUGUCGAAUAUUGUUUGUUCUUAGCUACUUUAUACGAUGCAAUGAAAUAUUUGAAAGAUCAGAAGAUUUAAUUCCUUUAGAAUUACAGCGUGAAGAGGAGUGUAAGACAUCUUUAAAUUAUGAUAAAAAUUUAUCAUCAGAAUCUACUCCAUCAGAUGGUUUUCUUAGUGCAGAUGAAUUAUUUGUAAAAUCCUACGGACGGUCACUAAUGGCUGGCUAUUGUGAUAAAUAUAUGUCGGACUUUGUAUUGAUGGGUCUCCCUAAACUUGAUGAAUUUCAAGAUUCUUUGGCAGUUGAUUUGAAGAAUUCUUUACGGGAUCAUAUAAGGAAUGUCAAUGAGUAUUUUGUUCCAUUAAACACUAAAUCAGAUUACGUAUCUACUAUGCUUCAUCAAUGUAAGGAUUUGUAUACUAAGAUUGGUAUGCCUGCAGAAUCUUAUUUAGAAGAUCGUCUAAGAAUAUUAUAUCAUAAGGCUAUUAUGUAUAAAAAUUAUUCUGCUAACUUAUCUACCGCAGUUUCAAUUUCAUCACAAAAUUUAUUUGUUCAACCAUCUAAAAAUGAACAAGUGCCGGUAAAUAUGUUAGAAGCACUAGGAUUACAUCAAUCAGAUCUUCAAUUAGUCUAUGCCGUUAGUUCUACUUUGUAA